GCGGCGGGAUGCACUGAAGAAGACGAGACCUCUAGAGAAUACGAUAGAGUCGACAAGUGUUUGGGAGAACGAAACAAAGAGGAAUACAUUUUGUUAUUGUGCAUUUUAUCAAAGUGGAAGCAGUCUGUCAGCAUGCGUUGGAGGAUUUGAGUGUUGGUAAACACGACUAACCACAACGAAAAGAAAUUUUGCCAUAGUUGGAAUCUCCACACAGCCUUUCGCCGAGUAACUUUUCUCCUUUGUUUCUGUGUUUACCAUUGCAUGGGGUAGUAAUAAUGAAAGCUGCGAGUUGUGGACAGUUAUUUGCUUCAGAAUUGGGCUUUUUUCUUUGUCUUUUUGUUUGAACAUUUUUUUGUCAUAGGAGCCGUAAUGGUGGAACCAGUGGGGUUUGUAGAGGCAUGGAGAGCCCAGUUCCCUGAUUCUAAACCCCCUUACAUGCAACUGAACUCAUUGGGGGACAUUGAGCAAGAGCUGGAUAAAUGCAAGACUUCAAUUCGGCAGCUGGAGAAGGAAGUGAACAAGGAGCGCUUUCGGAUGAUCUAUCUGCAGACUCUACUUGCCAAAGAGAAAAAGUCUUAUGAUGGACAGAGAUGGGGCUUCAAAAAGAUUCCCCAGAUGAAUGCAGGAGAUCAGUCUAGUGAUACAAACGGCCAAAGGUCCCACACAGAUGGGGCAUUAAUAGAGGAACAGCAGCGGGGCACUGGCAAAACAGCAAGUUGUAGACAGCAUUCAGAAGGCGAGAUAGAUGGUUUAUCUCUAGCCAAACAGAGGGCUGAUGUGACACCUGUUCAACAAGAUACAGAACCACCCAAUUUCCCAGUGGGCAUGGGCUCCGUGGCAGCUCUUAGAUCUAACUUUGAACGCAUCAAGCGAGCCAAUUCUCACACAGCUGGGGAUGGGAGAGGGUUGUCAGUGAUGAGUGGCCCUGAGAAACCCUUCUAUGUAAACAUGGAGUACCAUCACGAGAAAGGGCUGGUGAAAGUCAAUGACAGGGAAGUCUCGGACAAGAUCAGCACACUCGGCUGCCAAGCCAUGCAGAUGGAGCGGAAGAGGUCUCUGCAUUCUCUCCCAGGGAACCUGUCAGCUGCUGCAGGAGACAUUAAUAAAUCGGUUCACAGAGGCCGCUCCACAGACAGCUACAAUGGGUCAUAUGAUGACAUAGAGGUCAGUCCACACAUCCUCAAAGACAGUAUAAUUCGCUCUACCGGGGGGAAGUCUGAGCGCCCGCUGGCUGACUGUCAGCCCUACACCACUGUGUAUGUUGGGGGAAUGAUGGCUGAUGGGGAUGCCAGAGUCAUCCACAUCAGGGACCAAAAUGUAGAGGAGGAUCCACACCUCACCUGGCCGAGGCGCUCCUACUCACCUGGCAGUUUUGAUGAUGUGGGAGGAGGUUACACACCAGACUGCAGCUCUAAUGAAAACCUAACAUCCAGCGAGGAGGACUUCUCCUCUGGCCAGUCAAGUCAUGUUUCACCCAGCCCCACCACCUACCAGAUGUACAGAGAGAAAAGUCGCUCGCCCUCCCAGCAUUCCCAGCAGUCCUUUGAAAGCAGCAGUCCCCCCACACCCCUGUCUCAGACACGAAAACAGCAGGUGGUGGUGUCUGAGGCUGCCAUCAUAGGAGUCCGUAAAAUGUGGCCCGGUGAUGGGGACUCAACCACAUCCAGCAGGACCUCUCAUGACAACAGUGUCCAAGGAGACUUAGAAGUGACCUAUAGUGAGACUCCUCUCUCCUAUGGCUAUGACCUGGAAGAGCAUUCAGAAGAGCACCAGCUCCACCAUGACCCCUUGGCCUUCACCGGCUCUCCGCCCUCCUCGCCACGUCUCCGCUCUAAGAGCCGUAGCAGCAGGGACACUCAGUCCUCUGGCUCCCUGGAGUCGGCUGUGUCGGUGGAGCUGGAUCAGGAGAAGGGGCUGGAGAUGAGGAAAUGGGUGCUUUCAGGAAUUCUUGCUAGUGAGGAGACCUACCUCAGCCACCUGGAGGCCCUUUUAAUACCUAUGAAGCCUCUGAGGGCAGCGGCCACCACCUCCCAGCCCAUGCUGACCAUCCAGCAGAUAGAGACCAUAUUCUUCAAGGUCCCAGAGCUUCAUGAGAUUCAUAAGGACUUCUACGACGCCCUGCUGCCCAGAGUGCAGAACUGGAGCCAUCAGCAGUGUGUGGGCGAUCUGUUCCAGAAACUAGCCAGCCAGCUUGGAGUGUACCGAGCCUUUGUGGAUAACUAUAAAAUGGCUGUGGAGACCGCAGACAAGUGCUGCCAGGCAAACAUCCAGUUUGCUGAAAUAUCUGAGAAUCUCAAGGUCAAAAGCACAAAGGACUGCAAAGACCAAGCUUCCAAAAAUUCACUGGAGACUCUUUUGUAUAAACCUGUGGACAGAGUGACACGCAGCACCCUCGUCCUGCAUGACCUAUUAAAGCACACCCCUUGUAGCCAUCCAGACUAUCCGCUGUUACAGGAUGCCCUGCGCAUCUCCCAGAACUUCCUGUCCAGCAUUAACGAAGAGAUCACUCCACGCAGACAGUCCAUGACGGUUAAGAAGGGGGAGAACCGUCAACUUUUGAGGGAUCGUUUCAUGGUGGAGCUGGUGGAGGGCUCCAGGAAGCUUCGUCACGUCUUCCUCUUCACUGACCUGCUGCUCUGCACCAAGCUGAAGAAACAGGCUGCAGGGAAAGGACAGCAGUAUGACUGUAAAUGGUACAUACCACUAGCAGACCUGACCUUCCAGACCAUCGAGGACUGUGAGUCCACUCCCAUCCCUCUGGUCCAGGAUGAGGAGGUAGACGCCAUGAAGAUCAAAAUCUCCCAGAUCAAGAAUGAGAUCCAGAGAGAGAAGAGAACUACUAAAGGAGCCAAAGUGAUUGAGCGACUGAGGAAGAAGCUGUCGGAACAGGAGUCUCUACUUCUUCUAAUGUCCCCUAGUAUGGCUUUUAGAGUGGCCAACAGGAAUGGCAAGGGUUUUACUUUUCUGAUUUCAUCUGACUACGAACGUGCUGAAUGGAGGGAGAUUAUUCGCGAGCAGCAGAAAAAGUGUUUUAAAAGCUUCUCCCUGACGUCUCUCGAGUUGCAGAUGCUCACUAAUUCAUGCGUGAAGCUUCAGACUGUCCACAAUAUUCCAAUGACCAUGAAUAAGGAAGAUGAUGAAUCUCCUGGUCUUUAUGGAUUUUUAAAUGUCAUUGUCCACUCUGCAUCAGGACUCAAGCAGAGCUUAAACCUGUACUGCACUUUGGAGGUGGACUCGUUUGGCUACUUUGUGAACAAAGCUAAGACACGGGUGUACAGAGACUCCACAGAGCCCAGCUGGAAUGAGGAGUUUGAGAUUGAGCUGGAGGGCUCUCAGACUCUCAGGCUGCUCUGUUAUGAGAAGUGUUGCAGCAAAACCAAGCAGAGCAAAGAGGACGGAGAGAACACAGACAGGAUUAUGGCCAAAGGACAGAUAAAGCUGGAUCCCCAGACACUACAAAAUAAGGACUGGCAACGGACAGUCAUCAACAUGAAUGGGGUUGAGGUGAAGCUGUCCAUGAAGUUCACUAGCAGAGAGUUUAGUUUGAAGAGAAUGCCGUCACGUAAACAGUCCGGCGUGUUUGGGGUGAAAAUCAGUGUAGUAACCAAACGAGAGCGCUCCAAGGUUCCUCUGAUUGUGAGACAGUGUGUAGAGGAGAUCGAGAGAAGAGGAAUGGAGGAGGUGGGAAUCUACAGGGUGUCCGGUGUGGCCACAGACAUCCAGGCUCUGAAGGCUGCUUUUGACUCAAACAAUAAGGAUGUCUCUCUGAUGAUGAGGGAGAUGGAUGUGAAUGCGAUUGCUGGAACGCUGAAGUUGUAUUUCCGCGAGCUGCCAGAGCCUCUCUUCACUGAUGACCUGUACCCUAAUUUCACUGGAGGAAUCAGUCUCUCUGAUAGUGUGGCCAAGGAAAGCUGUAUGCUGAAUUUACUGCUGUCUCUGCCUGAGCCCAAUCUGGUGACAUUUCACUUCUUACUGGACCACCUGAAGAGGGUUGCUGAAAAUGAGAGCAUCAACAAGAUGUCUUUCCAUAAUCUAGCUACAGUUUUCGGUCCCACUCUACUCCGCCCCUCAGAAAAAGACAGCAAAAUUUCAUCCAACAGCACACAACCGAUCUCCAUGAAAGACAGCUGGUCCCUGGAAGUGAUGUCUCAGGUGCAAGUGCUGCUGUAUUUCCUUCAACAUGAGAGCAUUCCAACACCUGAUAGUAAACGUCAGAGUCUUUUAUUCUCCACUGAAGUAUAGCAGGAAGAUGGAUUUGUUCAAAAAUUGUUUUAAGUUCUCUUCAGAUCAAGAAUGUUUGCUACUGGAUGGGAUGAGGGCUGCUCAGCAGCCCACGGCUUGCUGGAUCACUGAGAUUGUGUGCAACCAGGCCACCAGGGGGAACCAAGACCAUAACGUAAACUGGAAAACCAUUCCACCAGGACCAAAGUGACUUCUUUUCUUAGAAGUGAUGAGCAAGAAUUGUUCUGAUUAUGGACAGGCAUACUUGUUUUCUUGUUCAAAGUAAAACUAUAUAUGAUCCAUAUAGCUAAAUCAUUCCUUGUUUGUUUUUAUUUUAUUUACAGGUUUUUAAAGAGCACAGUUUGCUUCACGUCAAUAUUGUUUAUAUUGUUCCACUCUUGUCACCAACUACAUUUACUUUAUAUUCAUGCAGGGGAAAUGUGAUUGUUAGCUGAAUUUUAAAGAUUUGUUGCUUUGGAUAAUGAGUGGUUGGAUCAAUGAAUGGUCCCUUUUUCCAUGUCUACGUGUACAUUUUUUCCUGGAAAUAUUUGAGUUUGACAAAAACUCAUUUGUGCCAAUAUUUCCCUGCUGGUGUCAAAUAGGAACAUUGUCAUUUAGUUAAUGUUUACGCACAUUAUUAAAUUUGUACAGGACUUAAUGUAUGGGACUGAAAACAAUGUAACGCAGAACAUGCAGGCAUGUUUACUAAAGGUUUGUCUUAUUCUCUGUGAUGCAACUUGCAUAUUCACCUUACUGAUUCCACAUGCUCCUUUAGAACUAUUGCAUUCAACUUGGCAGCUUUUGAGAAAAUGUGAUUUGGUUUUGCGAGGCCACUCCAUAGGCAUGAACAACUAAUUAUUUUAGGAAUCAAACUUUGAUGCCUAGACAGGAUAUCAAGGAGGCCAAAUUUGUAUACCUUCCACACGUGAAAUAUACACUGUAUUGUGUAUUGCUGUAACAGAUGUUUGUCCUUUGUUCAGUUGCCCCUUUAAUUCGUUGACCUGAUUUAUUUGGAUGAAAGUAGCCUGUUGUUGCUUACUCCAUUCCCCCUUUGUUGUGUUCUGACUUGAUGUGUCAAACCACAAGCUGUUUUGCCCAGUAGAAACAAGUGCAUCUGGAAUUAGUUCUUAUUUAAUACUUGUACUGCCCAUGGGGCUGCUGUGUUAGUAGCCAUGUGAAAAUGUGUUCUUUAAUCAAGAUUUUUGUUUCCUUAAAUCUUGAAAAUAUAAGACACGUGGCACAUUAACCAUCAAUACUAAUGAGUCAUGUAAACUGAUAACUGUUAAUUCCUUACUGAAGAACAGCUGUGCCCAACUCUGUAUGAUUUAUGUAAAUAAAAAUGCUGA